AUGAAGAUCUCAACCGCCGUCGCAGUCAUCGUGUAUGCGAACUGCAUAGCCGCCUUCGUAACCAUUCCCAAGGACCUCGAUGACGGCAUCUACCAAGUCGAGCAGCCCGCCAGCCCCGACGACCAGCCCCUCAUCAAGCGCAUCGACAACCUCCCUCCCCCUCCCUCCGCCGCCGCCGCCGCCGCCACCGGCCCCUCCGCCCGCCUGCGCCGCAGCCCCAAGAAACCGGGCCCGAAGACGCCCUUCCGCAUCGGCAUGUUCGACACGACCCCCCUGCCCAAGUCCAAGGAGUUCUGCCGCAACGAGACGCACACCAUGAGCCGCGCGGACCUGCACGCCGCCACCAACGAGCUCUUCUACACGCCGCUGUACUGGCUGCCCCCCAAGGCCGUGCGCUUCGCCCUCCACGGCUCCGCCGUCGCCUACAUCUGCAACAUCGGCGGGGGCUGGGAGCCCGCCUCGCUGGUCGAGUACAUGGAGGCGACGCGCAUGCUGGACGACCGGUGCCGCGUGCCCGGCACCGAGCAGGCGACCAAGGAGACGUGCGAGCAGCUGGAGCAGGUGCGCGCGGCGAAGUUGUCGGUGACGAGCCUGGAAAAGUUUUACGGAAGGGAGGUGCCGGGUGUGGCGAUUUGCCGGUGGGAGACGGAAAAGGGCGGGUUGGAGAAUAGGCUGCUGGAGGUGCAGAAGAAUGGGUGCCGCAACUUUGUGUACCUGGGCAUCGGGAGGAAGCUGAGCGGCGGCAAGGAUUUGGACGAGUCGACGUGCGAGCGGAACGUGUCGGGGGAGUGGAUGUGGGAGACGCUCAAGAGCCUGUUCCCGUGGUAUACCAAGGAUAGGACGGCGCACGUUUAG